AUGGGCUCCAGACAACCUGCCGAGCAAGUCGGCCGCCCCCGCCGGUCUCUCAAUGAAGUCAACCCCAAUGAAGGAAGUACACUACAGAUAUUGAGAGAUAUGGGAAUCGAUAAGAACAUUGUCGUCACUGAGGCCCCAACAGAGCCCUUCCAACUUACCUUCAUCGAUGUUACGUGCCUAGUGGUAAACCGAAUGAUAGGUACCGGAAUCUUCGACAGCCCCAGGACAGUGAUGCUGGGUGUCCAGAGCCCAGGCAUUGCAAUUCUCUUCUGGCUCUGCGGCUGUAUCUAUGCUCUCUCUGGAGCUCACGUCUACGUCGAGUAUGGGCUGAACGUACCGCGAUACGUAAUCGACGGUAUCGAGCAAUCUGUCCCGCGAUCGGGGGGCGACCUCCAUUACCUUCAAUACGUUUUUCCUUGGCCGCGGUACAAGAAGGGCAUAGUGAUGCUGAGCGGUGUCCUGUACGGUAUCAGCUUCAUUUGUAUUGGAAACAUGGCGGGAAAUUGUAUCAACUGUGCGCUACGCCUCGUGGAGGCUGCUAAUCCCCAAAAGGAGGCUGGGGAUCUCAACGGAGGCACCAUCCGCGGCAUUGCCAUCGUCAUUGCGAUAUUUCCAUGCUUGAUCCACGCCUUCUCUCGCCGGGGUGGCAUCUUGCUCAACAAUCUACUAGCGUUUAUCAAGGUGUUUAUGCUGAUCUUCAUGAUCAUUGCCACCUGGGUGGUUGCUGGUGCGCCGUCCGGGGUGAGAGGCAUAAAAGCCAACCUCGGCAAGCCGAUUGAUGACCCCAACCUAAUAGGGGGCAAAGCGCAUGCACAGGCCUUCCUAGCUAUCAUCUUCGCCUUUUCAGGGUUCAACCAGCCAAACUACGUUCUGGGAGAGAUCAAGCACCCUCGAAAGACUUACCCUCGAUCCAUGUGGUGGGGUGUCAUCCUGGUGUCGACAUUAUAUAUGGCCGUCAACAUCUGCUAUUUUUUCUACAUCAUCUUCAACCCUUCUGCUGAAGACUCGAAGCGUUACGAAAUCAAGCGCGCCGUCAAUGCGUUCCUAGCCAUCUCAGCCUUCGGCAAUAUUGUCGUCAUGACAUACACAGCAGCACGCAUGAAGCAAGAGAUUGCCAAGCAGGGUUUCCUCCCCUUUACCAGCUUUCUUGGGAGGAACAGAGACGUUAGUCUUGGCAGGUUUCUCAUGUGGCUUCAAGGAGGAGAGCGUAAACCCACAGACCAACCCGUCGAGAACAGACACCAGGAUACUCGAAAGAUCACUGGUAGUCGGAAACCACGCAACCGAUUCUUCAAGUUUCUCAAUCCUUCCAAUCACCUAGAGGAGACGCCUGUCGGUGCCCUCAUCCUCCACUUCACCAGCUGUAUCGUCCUCAUUCUGGCAACGUACAACACUUCAGCAAGCAAUGCCUACGCCAUCCUUUCUGGGCUUGUUGCUUAUUUAACAUCAGCAUUCUUUGGCUUCUUUCUCUCCCUUGGCAUUCUGAUUCUACAUUUCCGUGGUCCCCCGAAAACGCAACCAACCUUAACACUUCGGCACCAUCAAGUCCCAGAUCAGGGGCCUGUGCAAAGAAGCUGGGCCCAGAUGAUUCAAAGGUCUGUGAAUCCGAAUUUGAGUAUUGUCUGCGGGUUUCUCUAUCUAGUUGGGAAUUUCUACCCAAUCAUCACAGUCUGGGUCCCAUCAAAGCUUUUCAGCGAGGAAUCUCUAGACUGGUGGAAAGUGCCCGUCAUUUCGUGGUCCAUAUUGGGGUUCUCUGGCCUUUGGUUCCUUGGCUUUAUAGGCGUGGUCAAAUACAAGUACCUCACCAGCCGCCGCAAGUUCGUCUACUUAUCUGAGCCUGAAUUUGGUCCAGCUGAGAGCUCUGAGAAUCGACAUUUGUCUGCUAGCUGUGAUGAUUUAUCCGUUGGUGAGGGCGCUACGAGGAGCGGUCAAGGAGGGCUUAUUCUUCUUCACGAAACUAUCUACAGAGGAUGGGAAGGUAUUGAGACGGACCAAAUGGUCAGCUGUAUAGAUGAUACGGCAGAUGUCGUCAUAAACCCAGCCCAGCCGAUGCCAGUGCAUGGAAGUGAAAAACGACGGCCAGUUGAUCCGCCAGUCGAUUUGUAUGAGGACACGGAUUUUCCAGAAUUUUCACAGAACAGAGCUCCAGUUCAGGAACCAGAAAUAGUGUAUGGUUCAGUACAGGAUCAUCAAAACGGAGGGGAACAGGGUCGGCACUAG